AUGCGUUUUUCCACAGGUAAGCCAGCGCCGACGGUGUCCUGGCACCGUGACGACAAGCUCGUCAGCAACAAAACCGUAACCGUGAGGAACGGCGUGACGCGCAACGAGCUCGUUGUAAAAAAUUUAGGACGGAACGACGUCCGCUCGAUGCUAACCUGCAACGCAACGAAUAACAAUAGGUCCAUCCCGCUCUCCUCCACCGUUUACGUCGACAUGAAUUGUAAGUAUCGUCCCGCAGUCGCUGCGAUAAAAACUCCGAACGGCUCGGGCUUUGUUCGAAAACUAUCGUCAACUGGCGGAACGAGACUGCAGGAGACAACAAAAUCCAUUUAUACGGCGGAUUCCUUGUUUAAAGCUCCUGAAUGGAUUCGAAUUUGUCACGGAUUCAUGGAACUUGCGAACAAUCAAUCGGCCGCAAUUGCAAACCCUGUCCGAGUACCCAAUACCCGAGGACGCUGGAUCCGCCGGAUUCUAUCGAUGAGCGGAACACUCGGCCAGAGACUGUACAACGUCUGUGUACAACAAAUGACUAGACCAGAUUACCCUGUCUUUGGCCGUGCCAAGUUCCGCGGCAUCGUGCCGCAAUUUAGGGUGAAUGGUGAAGUUUCAGCUGAUAGCCUCGUUUCGCGUCAGCCAGUUCUUAAACAAAGUUCAGCCCUCGCCACAAAUACU